AUGGUAUCAGAGCAGGAUCUUCUUGAAGAUCAAGAAAAUAUUCAAGCGGUAAGUGAUACAUCUAGUGUUUCAUCCUCAUCGUCGGAUUCAUCAUCAACAAAAUCCAUCAAGUACUUUUCGCCCAAUUCACCAGAUAGAAAGAUGGCUGGAAAGAAGAGACACGAUAAUGAUCUAUUUGCGAUUCGUAACUCGGACAAUACAGGAGCAAUUAUCUGCACAACAAUGUUCAAUGGAUCAAACUACAUCGGAUGGAGUAGUGGUCUUCGGUUAGCCCUGGAAGCCAAGUCGAAGCUAGGGUUUAUUGAUGGUUCACUUGUCGUGCCAAAUGAAGCAGACGACUUCGAUAGAUGUAGAAAUGUUGAUUGCUUGGUAAGAUCGUGGAUCUUGAAUACGAUUUCAGAAGAAAUCAAAACAAAUUAUUCUUGCACAACCACGACAAGAGAUUUAUGGAUUGAUAUCAAAGAAAGGAUGACGAAAUUGGUAGUCCAACUAGAUUCUUCUAACAAGUUAACACAGUUUUUAAUGGGAUUGAAUGAAUACUAUGAUAAUGCAAGACAACAAAUCCUUUUGAUGGAUCCUAAACCUAGUCUAAACUGGGCUUUUGCAAUAAUACAAAGUAUUGAAAGACAAAAAGAGGUUCAAUCAUUGAUGAAUGAUCAAACAGAAAGUUUUUCUAUGUCAGUAAAAGAUUAUUCUGAACGACAGAAGCGGCAAAACAGUGAUAGAUAUACAAAAGGAAAUGGAGGAUACAACAAAGAGAAAAAUGUCAAAGAAAAAGGGUCAUCAACGCUGUAUUGCACACACUACAAAACUGAAGGCCACAUUCAAGAAGGGUGUUUUAAACUAAUAGGAUACCCUGAUUGGUGGAGAGGAAAUCGUGUCUCAAAAGCUAAAGCUUUUAUUAAUGCAGCCAAUACUCCAUUCUAUUUUGGUGAAGAACAACUAGAGAUCUACUACCCGAUUAAAUUAUUCUAG